GUGUACACUGGAAACAUGUUUAAUCAAAACCCAGAAGAAAUAUUAAACAACUACUGUUUGGAAGCUAUUUUCUUGUGGCAUUUUAAUAUUAUUUAUCUUUUCAAUUGAAAGUGAGUGUAGAUAGACGCCCCUUAGUUGUGUGCUGGACAGGUACCCCAAGUGUGUCUAAAUAGAAAGUGUGUGCUCAGUGCUUCUUGUUUUAUCAAUUAUUAAAUAUUUCAGUUAACAGAGCCAAAUUAAACGCGGUUAGAGAUGGAGUUUCAAUAUUAUGUAUAAAUUUAAUUGGCAAAAUCAAGAAGUAGGUAAUUUUGUUCAAGCUUAUGUUUAAAUCAGUGCAAAAGCUCCAAAUUCCAUUAGCCGAAUGUAUUGUUACUGUUAGAGGUGUAUCAGAAAAAGGUAUAAAUCAUUUAAUGCAAAACAUAAACAACAACAAGUAUAAGAAAUGCUAUUGAAAGUUCAUCAUUUGAAAUCUCUGAAGAAGACUAGAAAAAAAACUAGGCUACUAAAAGUGAUAUCGAUAGUGAAUUUGAGUUAAGGAGAGCCGUUUUAAAUACAUGUACUCUAAAUUCAGUUAUACCACGGAUGCUAAAUAUUUUGAGGAAAGAAGCUGGUUACUAGAAUUGUUCAUCGAAUUUAAUGGUUUCCACUACAUAAAAAAUUAAUAGGAAUCUUUUAAACAGUAAAAAUUGAAUAGGAAGUAAACAGUCAUAAUUACCUGUAACAAGAGUAUACAUCCUAUUGUCAUGUUUUCGUUUUGUGACUAUCACGAUAUUUAAUUAUGUAUGAUAAAGCUAACUGUGACAUUAAUAGGACUGUUAUGAUAUUUAUGUUGAAUGCUAUCCUGAACAAUGAUAUCAUAAUGCCUGAAGUUUUGUGGAUGUGUCCCAAAGGUUAUUAGAGACAGGUUGUGUGGUACCUAAAAAACUAGUAGUAGAAUACGAAGUAACCAUAGAAUAAAUGUAGAAGAUGUGAUUUUGGAUAUAGUCAGUAAUAAUCCAAGAAUAAGUACCCAAUCUGUGGCUAGAAUGGUUGUCAUUUAUAGAAACAUUGUUCAUAAGACAUACAGAACAACUAUUACUUUCUUAAUUAACUAUUUUUAAUGGGAAAUAAGCCACAAUUACCAUUAACAACAAGUACAAGAUUUACACCAAGGUGAUUAACCUCGAAGAUUAAGAUUUUGUAGAUGGUUUCAAAACAAAAUCGCCAGAGAACAAAAAUUUUGGUGCAAAGUGUUUUGUGCUGUGCAGAUGAAGCUUUUUUUAUGAGAAAUGGUGUGUUUUACGUUCACAAUUGCUAUAUGUGGAAUGGAAAAAACAUGUAUGCCAUACAUAGGACAAAUUUUCAAAAAAAAAUUAAUAUGAAUUUAUUGGUUGGGAUUAUUGGUAACUAUCUGAUUGGACCAUACAAACUUCCUAGAAGACUCAAUGGAGAAAUCUACUCAAAUUUUUUGCAACAUGUUCUACCAAUACUUCUUGAAGGUGUACCUUUACAAAUAUGCUGUGAAAUUUGGUGUCUUUAUGAUGGGACCCCAUCACAUUUUACCAAACAUUAAAAAUUUCCUCAGCAUCACUUAUCCUCGUGUUUGGAUUGGUAGAAAUGGACACAUUCUGUGGCCACCCAGAACGCUGGAAUGCAAUGUUAAUGGAUUUUUAUUUUUGGGGACAUCUAACAUCAUUAGUAUAUUACGACCAGGAUGAAAUUGAAAUAGAAGUUUAAUUGGGACAACGAAUUUUUGAUGCUGCUGAAAUAAUUCAACACAAUUUACAUAGUUAUGAUAUUAAGAAUAAUUGAAUUGGUUGAAUAAAUGCAUGUAUGAGUGCAGAUAGAGGAUGUACUACAAAAAUCGUUUAAAACUAAAAAUGUCGAAAUGGUGGAGCAAAAAUUGAAAUCUAUGAACAAAACUGAAAGUGAUUUGAAAUCUCCUCUGGAUCAAACUCUUAGAGAUAUAUUGCUGAACCUUAUGGAUGAACAAUGCGAUGUUUCAGUUCUGACAGAUUAUGUAGAUUUUUCAAUAGUACUUUGUAGGAAGGGAUUGAGUUCACCGACAAUACCUGUUGUUCUUCUAGGGGACAUAUUUGAAACUCUAACAUUGGAUAUUUGUGAGAAUAUGUUUGGUUUUGUAGAACAAAAUGUUAAUGUUUGGAAAGAGGAACUAUUUUUCUCGUACUGCAAGAACAAUCUUCUGCGUCUCUGUAAUGAUCUUUUAAGACGUCUUUCAAGAACCACAGCUACUGUAUUCUGUGGAAAAAUUCUGUUAUUUCUUGCCAAGUUCUUUCCGUUUUCUGAAAGAUCGGGAUUGAAUAUAGUCAGCGAAUUCAAUUUGGAGAAUGUGACAGAAUAUGGAACUGAUCCUCCCGAUGAUGAAAUUGCAGAGAUUAAAAUUGGAGAACAGAAGAAUCUAAUAGAUUUUACUUUUUAUUGCAAGUUUUGGCAACUACAAGAUUUCUUUAGAAACCCUAUUCAGUGUUACAAUAAGGUGCAAUGGAAACUGUUUAGUUCCCAUGCCACCAAUGUAUUAAAUACAUUCCAAGGAAUAAAAUUAGACUACGUAAAUUCUGGCACCUCUACUCAAAAUAGCUCAAAUUUGGGAUAUUUUGCCAAAUAUCUUACCAGUCAAAAACUACUUGAACUACAGUUACAUGACGUAAACUUCAGAAGAUCUGUAUUGUUGCAGUUCUUAAUUUUAUUUCAGUAUUUUACUUCCACUGUCCGCUUCAAAACUGAUGCUCAUGAGCUUAAGAACGAUCAAAAAGAAUGGGUCAGCACCAAUACUGAAAAAGUAUACAGUCUUUUAAAAGAAACACCGCCAGAUGGGGAAGAAUUUGCUGAAAUCGUGAAGAACGUUUUGAGCAGGGAAGAGUUAUGGAAUGCAUGGAAAAAUGAAAGUUGUCCAGAAAUAAAGAAAACACUACCACAGCCAACGGAAAUUUCGGAAAGGAAAAGGGAUUCAGAUAAACCCUUAAUCGGAGACAUUAUCAAAGAAGCAAACGAGCAAGGAAAGUAUUAUAUCGGAAGUGGCGAAUUGACCAAAUUAUGGAACCAUUGUCCAAAUAACUUGGAAGCUUGCAAAGGCCGAAAUUUCUUACCAACUUUGGAGGAAUACUUCUCAGAUGCUAUCCAGCAAGUUGAGACACACCAAAAAGGCGAUGAUAACAUAGUAAAAGACAGCAAUUUUGGUUGGAGAGCUUUAAGACUGUUAGCUAGAAGAAGUCCCCACUUCUUUACUUUUGGUACUACGAUUAUGUAUCCCUUGUCGAACUAUUUGGAGAUGAUGGUAAAGAAAAUAGCUCAUGAAAAACCCGGAAAGGAAUCUCAUCAUGAACACGAGAACGAUAACGAACAUGAUAAUAUUUUAGCUGAAGCCGAUCCAGCUACCGAUGAUCUUAAACCAGCUGAUCACGAGGAAUUUGUGGACGAGAAUGUUCGAUCUGAUACAAAGCAAAUUACAUCAGACCAAAUCAUGUUAAUUAGUGAGAAAAUUGCUCCAGACUGGCCCAAAUUAGGAGUUAAAUUGGGAUUCAAACCUGACGAAAUAGAAUUUUUCAAGAACGAGAAUCCGACACCAGCUGAUCAAGCAAGGAACUUGUUAAAGCUAUGGUUCGAGGAUGAUGAAGAUGCUACAUUAGAAAAUCUCUUGUAUAUUUUGGAAGGUUUGGAAAUGCACGAAGCGGCUGAAGCAAUUAAAUCCGAACUUAACAAUAUGAUGGAUAUAUCGUAAUGAUAUAUUUUCAUGUUAGAAUAAGAUUUAAUAAAUCCCUAAAAUAAA